GUCCAAUGGUAAAUGUAGUUGUCGUUUGAGAACAGGAGCAGUAGACGGGUAUUCAUUCACUGUGAAUACCAAACUAACAGACUGUGUAUUGAGUGAGAGUGCAUCAUUACCCCUUGAAGAAUUGAACUAACAUUGAAAGAUGCAGUUCAUGCUGCUGUUCAGUAGGCAGGGGAAGCUGCGUCUCCAGAAGUGGUAUGUUCCUCUGUCUGAUAAGGAGAAGAAGAUUACAAGAGAGCUGGUCCAGACGGUUCUGGCUAGGAAACCAAAGAUGUGUUCAUUUCUGGAGUGGAGAGACCUCAAGGUUGUUUACAAGAGGUAUGCCAGCCUGUAUUUCUGCUGUGCCAUAGAGAACCAGGACAACGAGCUGAUCACACUAGAGAUCAUCCACAGAUAUGUGGAACUACUGGAUAAGUAUUUUGGCAGUGUGUGUGAGCUGGACAUCAUAUUUAACUUUGAGAAGGCCUACUUCAUCCUGGAUGAGUUCUUGCUGGGAGGAGAGGCUCAGGACACGUCAAAGAAGAAUGUACUAAAGGCUAUAGAACAAGCUGACCUACUGCAGGAGCCCCGUCAUGAGUACUUUAAUGUGCCUGUGUACUAAACGUCCACUACUGCUGUCAGCUACUGUCACCACUCCACUGCUGUCCUGUCCACUCUGCAUGCGGAGCCCCUCCCCCAGCACAUGGUCCCUCCAGCACCUGGCUCCUCAUCCUCAGCCCCCUAAAGUGCCAUGCUUUACCAACUGAUCCACACAGGACUACGGCUACAUCGUCAGAGGUCAUUGGUCUACAUUUUCAGUUUCUCACAUACUUCCAUCAGCUGAUUCCACUGUUUGUUGUCUAUCUGAAGAGGCCAUGGUUUACUGUGUAUAAUACAACGGGUGGGUCUAAUCCUGAAUGCUGAUUGGUUAAAUCUGCAUUCCAGCCGGUCUAUUCCACAAGUGACUACCGGCAAAAUCUAUGCCGUUAAAAUGCCUAUUUACUCUGUUCCAUCUGACUGAGCAUUCCACUGUCUCAUCAGCCCAGCUCAUAUUUCUUUUAGACUAACAUUUAGUUUUAACAGAGGUGAUUUGUAUAAACAUUUGCAACAUUGUUUCAAUAUUCAAAUUCAAUCUCCAUCUGUCCCAUAGUGAUGAACGUGUUGGGUGUCGGGAUGAGACAGGCAGGCAGCUUUUCUCAGCCAGUCAAAAUCAUGAAUCAGCAUCAUUUUUAUGGAUACAGUUGAAGUCUGAAGUUUACAUACAGUUAGGUUGGAGUCAUUAAAACUCGUUUUUCAAC